AUGCCUUUCAACUCCGCUUCUGACGCCUUUCAACUCCACCCCGACGUUCGCUCGUAUGGAACGACCCUGAGCCCUCGCCGCGGCGGAGGGGGACGGCGGUUCGACGACGCGGAGGUGGCCGCCGCGACGCGCGACGCGGAGUCGCAGUGGGAACGCGAGCGCGCGAACCAACGCCGCCGCGAGAUGCGCGAGCGCGAACUCGGCCGUCGACGCGACUGGAACGCCGACGAUAAGCGCCCGGACCAGGUCGUCAUGGAGAUGGCCGCGGUACUCCAGGCGUCGCUGGCCCCCGACCCGAACGAUUACUCGGAUCACUGGGACCAAGGGGGGGUGGGGUCGGGGCACGACGCGAUGGAGGAAGACGCGCUGCGCAGUGAUCGCGCGCCGUCCGCGCCGCCGCUGUACGGCGGGCCGCCGGUAACGCCGGUCUCGACCGCGCCGCGGAUGACCGCGGACGAGCUGGAGAUGAUGGCGUUCCUCGCGGAGAGCGAGGACCCGAUGGAUCCGGACACGCCGCCCGCGCACGUCGUCGCCGCGCGACGGAAAGAAGCGGAGGCGGCGAAAGACCGCGCGCGGCGCGCGCGGCUGCGGGAACAGAUGGACAAGAAGGACGACGCCGCGGUGAAGAUUCAGUCCGCGUGGGCUCAAAAGAUGGAGUCCCGGGGUCAAGGCGGGGGUCAAAGUCAGGGUCAGGGUCAGGGUCAGCCCCAGUCCGCGUGGCAGCGGCGAAAGGCGCAGGACGAGGCGCAACGACUCGAGCGCAGGUCCUCGGGGGGGACGCACGGCGCGCGGCAGCGACACGGCGCGCGAUACCUCGACGAGGUGGAAUAA